AUGAAGAUCAGCAAGGUCGAAGCCGACUACGGCGACGCCAUUACCAUCCAGCUAUCCAAGAACGUAUGGGUAGACCACUGCGACUUAUCUGCUACCCGCGACGGCGAUAAGGACUUCUAUGAUGGGUUGACUGACCUCUCUCACGCCGCUGACUGGGUCACCAUCUCUCACACGUACUUCCAUGACCACUCCAAGGGCUCUCUGGUUGGCCACUCUGACAGCAAUGCCGCCGAGGAUACGGGAACUCUCCACGUCACCUAUGCGAACAAUCACUUCUACAACGUUCGCAGUCGUGGCCCCCUGUUGAGAUUCGGAACCGCCCAUGUUUACAACCAGUUCUACAACACAAUGGAUACGGGCCUCAACACCCGCAUGGGCGCACAAGCUCUCAUUCAGAGCUCUGUCUUUGAGAAUGUUGGGAAGAAGGCCAUCUUCAGCGAGUCUAGUAAGGAGAUUGGGUAUGCUGUUGCUAUUGAUGUUGUGCUUGGUGGUGAAAGCCAAAACACUGCAUCAGUCGGCACGCUGAAUGCUAACAGCCCUCCUUACUCUUACUCCCUGCUUGGAUCUGCCAAUGUGAAGGCUGCUGUGACCAAGGAAGCCGGACAGACCCUUGGAUUUUGA